AUGGCAGCCAUAUCCCUCACUAGGUCGCGGGUUCCGAGUAUCAAGGUCACAGUGCGCUCAAAUAUCUUGCGGAUGGGCUCCCGGCCAGCGGUGUGCAUUACAUCGGGCGCUACUCGGUUCGUCUCUCAGCUGGGCAGAAAUGUCGAACAAGGCUCUGCGCCCGACACUUCAAUCAACAUUGAUUCAGCCUUGGUUGUCAAGAAGCCCGAAAACACCCUGGGGACUUCUGGAACUGCACAGAAGGCAGCUAUAGCGGAUCUGCAGCACAUGGGUGACACCGAUCGGUCGGCGGUCGAGCUGCCGUCGUUACCAGAGACACCUCCAUAUCCUUGUCCAUAUCUCGACGACGUGGAGAUUGUAGAAUACCUGGAGCCCUUGUACUCCUGCGGAUGGUAUGUGGGCAGCUCACGGGAUGUCAAGUUCGAGUCAUUUCCGCGUGCUGCUCCGGAACUCGUGAAGCGCUUCCGUUUCACCAAACAGCAUCGCUCACUGGCGAUGCAGUUCGUGCGAGAUAUCAAUGAAAUCCAAAUUAAAGAAGAUCAUCACGCGACUCUAGUGAUUACUCAAGGUGUAAUUAGUGUCAGGACGCACACGCACUCUGCACGGCCACGCGCUGUGUCCGACAGCGCACAAUCCAGGAAGAAUGUUCCAGGAGUGACAUUGCGGGACGUCCGGCUGGCGAUGCUCAUCGAGAAGGCGUUCCGUCCUUACCUCGACCGCCACGACGCUGACAGCGCGAGCCAGAAGGCAAAGGAUAUAUUGGAUAUGCUACCGACGACGGUACAACAGAUGGAAGCACGACGGCGCUAG